AUGGCAGAGCAUGGCUCCCACCACUCCUCUGCCUGGCAUUUGGGGAGCCCAUCGAUUCACAACAGCCCCACAAUGUGCUCCCUGGAACAUGUGGACCUGGGAAUAAGUGAGCCACCAACUUCACUGGAGCAGCCACUACCGUCCCCAGAUUUAGAGGACAAUGAGGACGAUGGUGAUGUGCCCCCACUGGACCCAAAUGUGCCGUAUCCUGAUUUGGCCCCCGUGGUUUUCUUCUGCCUAAAACAGACGACCAGUCCUCGUAGCUGGUGCAUCAAGAUGGUGUGCAAUCCCUGGUUUGAAUGUGUCAGCAUGAUGGUGAUCCUACUGAACUGUGUCACACUUGGAAUGUAUCAGCCCUGUGAUGAUAUGGAUUGCCUCUCCAACAGAUGUAAAAUUUUGCAAGUAUUUGAUGACUUCAUUUUUAUCUUCUUUGCUAUGGAAAUGGUGCUGAAGAUGGUGGCCCUGGGGAUAUUUGGCAAGAAAUGCUACCUUGGAGACACCUGGAACCGCCUGGAUUUCUUCAUUGUUAUGGCUGGGAUGGUGGAAUAUUCCCUGGAUCUUCAAAAUAUUAACUUGUCUGCAAUCCGCACUGUACGAGUUCUGAGGCCCCUCAAAGCCAUUAACCGAGUGCCUAGCAUGCGAAUAUUGGUGAAUUUGCUCUUGGACACAUUACCCAUGUUGGGAAAUGUUCUCCUUCUCUGCUUCUUUGUCUUCUUCAUCUUUGGUAUCAUCGGUGUGCAGCUGUGGGCCGGUCUACUGAGAAACCGCUGUUUCAUGGAUGAGAACUUGACAAUCCAAGGUAACAUCACUCUUCCUCCCUAUUAUCAACCUGAGGAGGAGGAUGAAAUGCCCUUCAUCUGUUCACUGUCAGGCGAUAAUGGUAUCAUGGGCUGUCAAGAGAUACCCCCACUCAAAGAACGGGGCCAUGUAUGCUGCUUGGACAAGGAUGACUACUUCUACUAUACUUCAGUCAGACAGGAGUUCAACGUCAGUGGCAUGUGCGUUAAUUGGAACCAGUAUUACAAUGAGUGUCGUACAGGCAAUGCCAAUCCACACAAAGGGGCAAUCAACUUUGAUAAUAUUGGCUAUGCAUGGAUUGUUAUAUUCCAGGUAAUCACUCUGGAAGGAUGGGUGGAGAUUAUGUAUUAUGUGAUGGAUGCUCAUUCAUUCUACAACUUCAUUUACUUCAUUUUGCUGAUCAUUGUGGGCUCCUUUUUUAUGAUCAAUCUGUGCCUAGUAGUCAUUGCCACCCAAUUUUCAGAGACCAAGCAACGAGAACACCAACUGAUGCAAGAGCAGCGAGCAAGAUACCUGUCCUCCAGCACUGUGGCCAGCUAUAUGGAACCGGGAGAUUGUUACGAAGAGAUCUUCCAGUAUGUUUGCCACAUUGUUCGUAAAGCUAAGCGUCGUACCCUUGGCUUCUACAACAGCCUGCAGGAUCGUCGUCUCAGUCAAACAGAACCAGGCAAUGCCAAACAGAGAGUUAAUGGAAAAGAUCGGAAGCAAUACUCACGUUGCCGGAAACAUUCUUCUAUUGAUUACAUGCCUCAAGGACUUGGUCAGCCUACUACCAAGACAUUGGUCUCUGAACCCAGCAACUGCCACAAAUGUUACAAGGCCCAACAGGAAGCAACCCAAAGACUUUCUGUGCUUGAUAGUGUUAAUUCAGAUAAGGAAGAUGGAGAAAAAGCCUGUGACCAAGAGGGAGAUGGAAGGAAAGGAGUCAUAGAGUCUAACACAGAUUUGGAAAAAGAAGAGGAUGAUGGAGAAGAGAAGGGACAGCUCAUGCUUUGCAAUGAUAUGUGGCAAGAAGUUAGAGUCAAACUGAGGGGAAUUGUGGAAAGCAAAUACUUCAAUCGUGGAAUCAUGAUUGCAAUCCUCGUAAACACCAUCAGCAUGGGCAUUGAACAUCAUGAACAGCCAGAGGAGCUGACAAAUAUUUUGGAAAUUUGCAAUGUUGUGUUUACCAGCAUGUUUGCCCUGGAGAUGAUUUUGAAACUUGCCGCCUUUGGUCUCUUUGAUUACCUUCGCAACCCAUACAACAUUUUUGACAGUAUCAUUGUCAUCAUCAGCAUCUGGGAGAUCAUAGGUCAGGCUGAUGGUGGCCUGUCAGUGCUGAGGACAUUCCGGCUGUUGAGGGUGCUAAAGCUGGUGAGAUUCAUGCCUGCCUUGAGGCGUCAACUUGUGGUACUGAUGAAGACAAUGGAUAAUGUAGCAACCUUCUGCAUGCUCCUCAUGCUCUUUAUCUUUAUCUUCAGCAUCCUUGGAAUGCACAUCUUUGGUUGUAAAUUUAGUCUUAGAACUGACACAGGAGACACAGUCCCUGACCGGAAAAACUUUGACUCCUUACUUUGGGCCAUUGUCACUGUAUUUCAGAUUUUGACACAGGAGGAUUGGAAUGUUGUACUCUAUAAUGGCAUGGCCUCAACCUCUCCAUGGGCAUCACUUUAUUUUGUGGCUCUCAUGACGUUUGGAAAUUAUGUUCUCUUCAACCUACUGGUAGCCAUCCUAGUGGAGGGAUUCCAGGCAGAGGGUGAUGCUAACCGCUCAUAUUCAGAUGAGGACCAGAGUUCAUCAAAUAUUGAAGAAUUUGACAAGUUCCAGGAUAGUUCAGAUCCAAAGCUUUGUGCAGUUCCCAUGACUCCAAAUGGACAUCUUGACCCCAGCCUUCCUUGUCUAAACCAGCCUGGGGCAACUGCUGGAAUGAUGAAUCCAUCCCACAAUACUCUGCAGUCAGAUAUCCUCAUGGCCCUUGAAUCCCGAAAAAGCAGUGUGAUGUCUUUAGUAAAUGAAUUUAAAUCCAUCUAUGGGGCUCGGUAUCAUAGUGGAGGCUGGGGAAGCAGACGUUCCAGUUGGAACAACCUUGCUCGAGGACAUAGCCUCAAACACAAGCCUUUUUCAGCUGAACACGAAUCACUUUUAUCUGGGGAGCAGCAGAGGAUAACAGAGGCAGAACGAGAAAGGCCAGUAAUUCACCAUCAUCGACGGACAUUUUCAUUGGAUACUAAAGAUUCCUCUGACCUGGAGUUGGCUCCAGCAGUCUCAUCCGGUCAUAAGCCAUCAUGGAAGAUAGGAGUGACUCUAGGGCCAAGCAAGCACCAGGAUUGCAAUGGCAAAAUGCCCACAAUCGCUAAAGACAUCUUUCCAGAAAUGAACAAUCGGAAAGAACAUGGAGAAGAUGAUGAAGAGAUAGAUUAUAGCCUUUGUUUCCGAAUAAAGAAGAUGAUAGAGGCCUACAAGCCAGAUUGGUGUGAGUUGCGGGAAGAUUGGUCCAUCUAUUUAUUCUCACCAGAAAACAAAUUUCGCAUUCUCUGCCAAACUAUCAUUGCUCAUAAGCUAUUUGAUUAUAUUGUCCUGGCCUUCAUUUUCUUGAACUGUGUUACUAUUGCCUUGGAGAGACCUGAGAUUGAACAGAGAAGCACUGAGAGAAUCUUCCUCACGGUGUCCAAUUACAUCUUCACAGCAAUCUUUGUUGCUGAGAUGACACUGAAGGUAGUCUCUCUUGGUCUGUAUUUUGGAGAACAGGCCUAUCUACGCAGUAGUUGGAAUAUCUUGGAUGGCUUUUUGGUGUUAGUAUCCAUUAUUGAUAUCGUAGUUUCAGUAGCCUCUGCUGGAGGAGCCAAAAUCCUGGGAGUGCUAAGAGUCCUCCGACUGCUCCGCACUUUACGCCCCCUGAGGGUCAUCAGCCGUGCUCCAGGUUUGAAGCUGGUGGUUGAAACUCUCAUUUCAUCACUCAAGCCUAUUGGAAAUAUUGUCCUCAUCUGCUGUGCUUUCUUUAUAAUCUUUGGAAUUCUUGGAGUGCAG